GGGAGCUUUUCGCCCAGGCCCCGAUUGACCUGUACCCUGGCAUCGCAGUGGAGACGGUAAAUGAUUCGAGCCGGUAUUUUGUCAUCCGGAUUCAGGACGGAAACGGACGCAGCGCCUUCAUCGGCAUCGGCUUUGGCGACCGAGGCGACGCCUUUGACUUCAACGUGGCCCUGCAGGACCAUUUCAAGUGGGUGAAACAGGAGACGGACAUCUCCAGGGAGUCCCAGGAGCUGGACAGCCGGCCCAAGCUCGACCUGGGCUUCAAGGAAGGCCAGACCAUCAAACUGAACAUUGGGAACAUGCCCACCAAGAAAAGUGGGUCAGCGAAGCCCCGCCCGGCUGGCUCAGCGGGACUCAGCCUCCUCCCCCCACCCCCGGGGGGCAAAGUGGCCCCUCCUCCCCCCGUCCCCCCUCUUUCUUCAACGGCCAUUUCCAACCACGUAACUCCGCCCCCCGUGCUGAAGUCCAGCGGUGCUGGCCACGCAG